AUGAUCGAUGCGUUUGUAUUACAAAACAACAACGAGGCCGACAAAACAAAAGAGAUUGCUAUAGCUGAGACUACGAACAACUCCAUUAUACACGCUAAGGAAAUACAAGAACAGCUUGAAGAUGGAUCAAGACAUGGCGAUCUUAGUUACGUAGCCAGCAACAGAAAAGUGCCUCGUGGACCCGAUCCUAUACACAACAGGAGAGCAGGGAACUCAAGACGACCACCGGGAAGAGCAUAA